CAAAAUUGUUUUCACGUUUGGAUUAUUAGGAUGGUCAGACCAAGAGCCAGAACUGCUGAUAACAGCAUAGACUCGUCGUACCAGAGGACGGGAAGGGAUAAACGAAACGUUCAAAAAUUUACACUUGGUGAAAAGUAUCAUGGAUUUAACAGAUCGCUUUCCAUAUUGGAAGAGGAAUUUAUCUAUGCUGCAGAAUUUGGGGACAUUCCAACCGUUCAAAAAAUAAUUGAUGAGAACCAAUCAUUCAAUGUCGAUUACCACGAUAUAAUAGGGCGCACUCCAUUACGUCUGGCAGUGGGAAAUGAACACCGAGAGGUUGUAGAGCUACUUUUAGAUCGUUCAAACAUCGCAAAUAUACAUGAAGCAUUGCUACAAGCAAUUAGUGCUGGCCAUGAACAAAUAGCUGAAACCAUAUUGAAACAUCCGAAAUACAUCGACGUUAAAAGGGAAAAUAAACGUUUUGGUGAAACAGACUACUUUUUUAACACAACAAGUGAAGAUUCACCAUUUUCUGCAGAUAUUACUCCUUUAAUUUUAGCUUCAGAACGAAAUCAAUUUGAAAUUAUUCAGUUAUUGCUUCUUAGAGGCGACACAAUUAAUAAACCACACCACUAUUACUGUAACUGUCAGGAGUGCAGCAACAAAUUACAAUUUGAUCAGCUGAGACUUGCCAAAACAAGAUUAAAUGCAUACAAAGGACUCGCUAGCGGUGCUUAUAUAUCCUUAUCCAGCAAGGAUCCAAUUUUAACAGCAUUUGAAUUAGCGAGAGAACUCAGACGAGUGGCUAAAGUUGAAAAGUAUUACAAGAAUGAAUAUUUGGCUUUGGCAGAUCAACUUAGUGAAUAUAUUGUAAAAUUACUGGACAAAGUCAGAGGCCAUGAUGAAUUAGAAAUCCUUUUGAAUAAGAAGGGGCGUGAUAGUGACGAUGAGAGUUAUGAACUUCUUUCACGAUUGAAAUUGGCAAUACAUUACAACGAAAAGAAGUUUGUAGCCCAUCCAAGCUGUCAACAGAAGCUGGUCAGUAUAUGGUACGAUGACCUGAGGUCACUUGAAAGAUCUAAUUGGUUCUUUAGAUCUAUGAUGGUGGGGUGUGUUACCAUUACUUAUCCUUUCAUUGCGUUACUGUAUAUGAUAGCACCAAAGUCAAAGAUUGGCAGAUUUACAAAGUAUCCAUGUAUUAAGUUUAUUGGUCAUGCUAUAUCAUUCAUAACUUUUCUAAUAAUGAUUGUUGUGUCAAGUGUAUCCGAAAUGCCUAAUAUAGCAAAUAGAAAUUUUUCAAGGUACGAGAGGAGCACGGCGUUUGUGCAUUAUUCAGAAUUUAGAAACAGUGUUAUAAGUAACCAUGCUCAAAUACCUCAAGUAUUGCCCGAGGACUUUGCAUUGAGGACAUUUAAGCCAGAAGUUAUUCAUAUGUUAUUGACAAUCUGGAUAGUAGGUAUGCUUUGGCAAGAAUUAAAACAAGUGUAUUCAGAAGGUUUUUAUGACUACUUCGACUCAUUGUACAACUACUUAGAUGUAGCUGUUUUAACGCUGUACAUAACCUCAUUUACCAUGCGAUAUGUCAGUAUUAUGAAGGUUAUUCAAUCUAUAGAUUAUUUUGAAAGUCAAGAACAUUGGUAUGCCUUAGGAAAUGGAUCUAAAAAGGCAGAAUCUAACUGGUACUGGCUUCCUGCUGAUAGAUAUUUUUGGCAUGCUUUGGAUCCACACAAUAUUUCAGAGGGCCUGUUUGCCAUAGCAAAUAUUAUUAGUUUUACACGAUUAUCCUUCCUCCUACCAGCAAAUGAAUUAUUUGGACCUAUGCAAAUCUCACUUGCAAGAAUGAUAACCGACAUUUUAAAGUUUGUUAUAAUAUUUCUGGUAGUAUUUGUCGCCUUUAUGGUUGGUUUACAUAACCUGUAUUGGUACUAUCCAGUUGAUGUUCGAUCGCAGGUGCAGUUUGGGACGUUAAGCAGUAAUAUAUCAGCAAAGGCUGAAAACCAUUUUGGAAUUAUUGACAAGACAUUUAUAACAGUAUUUUGGUCCUUAUUUGGUCGUGGGGAUCCUGAUGUAGUUGAACUUGGAGAUUUUGACAGUUACUUUAUACAAAAUGUUGGCUACGUGAUAUUUGGUGCCUACAACAUUUCCACAGUUAUCGUGCUCUUAAAUAUGUUGAUAGCAAUGAUGUCAAGAUCAUUCGAAAUAAUUCAGGAGGAGGCAGACACAGAAUGGAAAUUUGCUAGGACAAAAUUAUACAUGGAAUACAUUAGAGAUGAUGCAACUCUUCCUAUUCCAUUUAAUAUAGUUCCAACUCCAAAAGCACUUUUACGAAUUUUCCAAUUUUUUUGCAAAAGCUGUUGUCCACAAAAAAGUGAGGCUGAUGUAAAGCCACAUCCGGGGAGAGUAAAGGAUAGAGAAAUGUUUAAUAGUGCCAACAGUCCUGCUGCCGAGGCUGCAACGGCAGGCUGGGAGGAAAAUCGUAACGGGUCAAGUGAACAGUCAAAAGGAAUAAAGCGUUUUCGGGAAAGAAACAACACUACAAAUGGUUUUGUACGUUGUGACUCAGAUCCGAAUCUUGUCUAUGUUUCCCUAACAUACAAGAGAGUAAUGAAAAGAAUUGUAAAGAGAUACAUAUUUGAUGUCCAGAGAGAAGAUGAUGCAAGUGAAGUUGAUUUUGACGAGCUUAAGCAAGAUAUUUCCAGUUUCCGAUACGAAAUGCUCAAUUAUGUGUCUAAAAAGGAUACAAAUAAUGAACUGUUAGCAGACAAAAUGAAAUACUUAGAUCUAAAGUUGAAUCAACUUAUUGAUCAACAAAAUGUGUUAAUUACGUCCCUCUUGAAUAUAAAUAAUACGUCAGAUCAAUUCAAAAGCUUAAGUCUAGCUUCCAGUAUAAGUACUUGUGAUUCAGACGUUUUAUCGAGUAGUGGAGAUUCUUUUUCAAGCAAACGGAACAUGGGAAAUGGUACAUGUUCAAUGUUACAUGAUAUUGCAGAAGAACACAUAGGAGAUGCACCAAGCUCAUCACCUUCCGCCAACACCUCUAGUGAUGUAAGGCAAAGAACUCCAUCAGAAAAACGUAGGAACUUUCACAAAGAUGAAAAGGAAAUUGAUUCUGUUUGUACGGAACAAGUUGAAAUGACUGUUUUUGACAGAGAAGACUUGAAUGAAGUUGUUGUAGCUCAUGAUGACUUAUCUUCAUCCCUUUCAGGGUCCAUUCAUGAUUUCCAUUUGUAGUUUCAAUUAUCAUUAUGACUAAAAGUGCCUGCAAUUGUUACAGAAUCUUUUCACAAGAAAGGUUUAGUUUUAUUGGUUUUUUUUG